AUGGCGCACGUCAACUCGGCACGCCCGGGGGCCGCCCCCUCGCCGAGCAGGCAGGGCCACGUGGACGCGGACUGGGAGCGCAUCGAGAAGGAGGAGACCACCCUGGCCUCCAACUGCGUGAGGCAGAGCGGCGUGCUCGUGGCCCUCGUCGUGGUGAUUGGGGCCGUGCUCCUGCCGCUCUUCGCCUCGAAGGGCUGCCGCGCAGCGCUGGCCGCGGCAGACUGCUGGGUGUGGAGCCUCUCGGCCGUGCUCGCCCUCGGCUACUUCUGGCUGCGCUCCCCGCCGGAGGAAGCCUCCUCGGGCCCGUACCUCCCCCUGGAGCUGGACCUGACGCCGCGGGUGCGGCACCUGAGCCUGCAGGGAAAGGGCGUGCCUGCCCGCGACGCGGACAGCGGCACGGCGGCCUUCAUGGGCUGCCAGCGCCUGACCCUGGAGGAGGACGGCUCCCCGAGCUUUCAGGGCAGCGCCGCCAGCCCGCAGCUCGGCGCCUUCCAGCAGUCGCCGCUGCACGCGAGGUCGCCCUUCUUCUCGCAGGCCGCGCAUCCCUUCGGCCUGCCCUCGCCGUCGAGGAGCCUGUCCUUCCCGACGGAGUCGCCCAGCCGCCGCUGCAAGAUUUGCGAGUCAAGUGGCAGCGAUGACCCACACCCGAUGUUGCCAGACAUUUUCCGCCCUGCCUACGCGCUCCUUGCUCUCGCCGCUGCGGCGGAUGGCAGUGCCUUCUCGGGCAUCCCCGGCGGUCCUGCAGGCAAGGCCGUGAGACGUGACGCUGCUGCUGCGACGGUGGCCGCGGAGGUGCUGGGGACGGCAGGUGCCAUGACCGCAGCUCUGGCCGAAGAGAGCGCACUGCUGGCCAGGACAACGACGCCAACUCCGAAGCGGACUAGGAUGGCGACUCCGUCCCCGAAAGCGCGGCUGCUCCACAUGCGGGGCGACGCGACUUGCGCGGACACUUCGGAGGAAACAAUUGGGUCGAAUGGUGGCGGUUGCGACUGGUGGACGGAUUAUGUUCAGUAUUGUAGUUAUUCUUUCUUGUACGACGACACCGACUUCACAGUUGCAGAGAUGUGCUGCGCAUGCGGGGGCGGCGAGGCGACUUGCGCGGACACUUGGGAGGAAGCAAUGGGGUCGAAUGGUGGCGGUUGCGACUGGUGGACGGACUAUGCUCAGUAUUGUAGUUAUUCUUUCUUGUACGACGACACCGACUUCACAGUUGCAGAGAUGUGCUGCGCAUGCGGGGGCGGCGAGGUGGUGACGACGAGCGCCGCGGAGACGACAGUUACCUUUACUACCUUUACUGCAGCUCCGUUCAUGCCGACUCCCGUGCCGACCCCCAUCAACACCACAAUGCCAACUCCCGUGCCGACUCCCAACAACACCACAAUGCCGACUCCUUUGCCGACUCCCAUCAGCAACACCACAAUGCCAACUCCCGUGCCGACUCCCAUCAACACAACGAUGCCGACUCCAGUGCCGACUCACACCAGCAGCACCCCAAUGCCGACUCCCGUGCCGACUCCCAUCAACACAACGAUGCCGACUCCAGUGCCGACUCACACCAGCAGCACCACAAUGCCGACUCCCGUGCCGACUCCCAUCAACACAACAAUGCCGACUCCAGUGCCGACUCUCACCAGCAGCACCACAAUGCCGACUCCCGUGCCGACUCCCAUCAACACAACGAUGCCGACCCCCGUGCCGACUCUCACCAGCAGCACCACAAUGCCGACUCCCGUGCCGACUCGCAUGCCGGUUGCCGUUCCGACUCCCGUGCCGACUCGCAUGCCGACUCCCGUGCCGACUCCCAUGCCUACGCCGUCUACCGUGCAACUGUUCUACAUUCGGGGCGACGUCUCCCUGCAGAGCGAGGGGACGUAUGCCCAGGUGAGGAGCGCUCUGCAGUCUGCCAUCGCCGAGGCCCUGGACAUCUCUGAGACUGACCUCGCGGUGGCGGCUGCGCUCGUCAGCGGCCGGCGACUGGCCGCAUGGGCGGCCGAGUGGCAGUCCGUGGCCGAAGGUGCAGAGGCUGCGAGCAACUUGCUGGCGUCUGCCUCCAGCCUGAGCGCCGACCCGAGCACCCUGGCGGAGAGCCUGGAGGCGUCCUUCACGGCAGCAGGCUUGGCUUUCGACGGCGCGUCCCUCUCCGUCGGUGAGCCCAGCAUGGAGACCGGUUCGCAUCUGGCCCCCUAA